GUCUCCUUCAACAAUCAUGAUUGUAUCCAUUUCAGCCUUCUGUCUAGAUUCCAUUUAUAGCCUUUCAUAGUCUUAGAAUACAGAUCGCUUUGAUAACGAUCUGUCGUGGUCUCCAAGUAUACAUUAGACCUUUACUCAGCCCGUGCAACGCAGGCUGUCCGUCAAAACGGGUCCAGUGAGUAUUGCGACAGUCUGUACAUUCGCCGUCAUAAGCACGACACAUGACAUAUAUACACGACCGACAGGGGCUGAAUAGCAGUCAAAGAACUGAAGGUCGUUGUGCAUUAGCAUAUUCAUGCCCUCUUGGUAGACAUGAAGAUGCGUUGGAUCGCUUAGGGAUCUUCAAACGAUAUCGAACGCCCUCAGCCGUCGACACCCUGACAGUCAAUGCCACACAGACAACACCUGAGAACCGCUUCUUCUCCAAUCUCAUUGUCUUUGCAUUACAAGAUCAGAAUGCGAAACGCAACCUACUGUCCGCGCGUGGUGAUACCGCCAAUAAACUCUUGAAUUUGAUGCUGCAGAUGUUUGAUGAUCCCGCUGCUCUUCCUCCCUCCUAUGAUACCGAUAUGGUCCUUCCCAGGUAUCGCAUCAGGCUGCGACGAUUACUAGUUCGCUUGUCCAAGGGGUCAGCUUCCCUUCCUUCGCCCUUGUUGAUCAGGGGCGUUAAGGCCCGCAGCAUGGAUCCAGUUGAUACAGGAGGAGGCUAUUCUGAUGUGUAUACUGCGUCGCAUCUGGGGCAAAAAGUCGCAUUGAAGCGCCUCAGAAGAAUAUCUCCCUCCGGCGAAAUCGGUUCAAUUCAAGCCACCAAUCCCGUGUUUUGCAAAGAAGUUUUGAUAUGGCGAACUCUUAGUCAUCUUCAUAUCCUGCCAUUACUGGGACUUGAUCCAGUAUCCGUGAAGUCAUCCUUAUGCAUGGUAUCUCCUUGGAUGGAGAGCGGAAAUAUUAUGCGAUGCAUACGACGUCUGUCUGAAGAAGGGAUAGAGAUUCCAUACGACCGCUGGAUUAUCGAAACGAUUAAGGGUGUGAUGUACCUUCAUCAAGAAGAAAUUGUUCAUGGUGAUCUACGCGGGGCCAAUAUACUCAUCGACAGCAACCUGUCAAUCCAGAUUGCUGACUUUGGAUUAUCUCGGCUUCUAGACCUAAGUUCUGAACGCUCUGACUCUACUCAUGGCGCUACCAGAUGGCUGGCACCGGAGAUUGUCAUUCAUUUUUCCAAAUCAAUGUAUACGAGUGACAUGUAUGCCAUCGGUUGCUUGUGCAUGGAGAUAUUCACUCGCGAGAAACCUUAUUCUUCUUUACUAGAAUGCCAGGUGCCUGCGGCAAUGUCUCGCGGAAAGCCUCCUUAUUCGAUGAUUAAUGUUCUUCCUCCUUACCUGCAAGGACCCGUGGAAGCAUGCCUUAGCUUCGAUCCCUCUGAACGUCCAAUCAUCGAGGCCUUUGCCCAAACUCUCGGCAUCCGCCCACCAUCCCCACCGUGCUCAGUAGUUGUUCCUCAAGAAGAAAUUUUGGCUGCCGACAUCGAGACGGAAAUCAUUUCACCAGAAGCCCUCCAUACCUUGGACACCAAAUCAGAGAAAUUUCAAAGUACCAUGCACGAUGUGCGGAACCAGAAACACGCGGAGGCGUCCUUGUCGACAAUCCUGACUAUUGCAAUCGGCGAUAAAGAGUCUUCCUUGGCUUCACUGACACUUGCGAUGAUGAUUCUGGAGCACACACUUCGGCUUUGGAUACCGAGCGAUACGCGGACCUGGCCCCAUCUUGCUGGAAAACCUUCUUUAUCGGGAUACAUAUCGACGACAACCCCUACUCCUUCCGCUUCUUCUCUAUGCCUUCCAAAUGCAACGCGGAGUCACACUCGCUCAUCUGCCGCGACUUGGCGGAGUCGAAAAGAUGGGUAUCGGGUAUACCAAUGCAUGGACGCGAAGCAGGUCGUCCUGGGAUAUGAUGAUUCUGUCAAGAUUUGGGACGGAGAAUCCUAUAUAGAAAUAUCUGACACGGGUAUCCGCGAGUUGAAACAGGCCCGUCAUGAUGAGCUCGGGAAUAUGAGCUCAGCUCAAGAAGGAUAUUCCUCCUCGGAUGUCGCUAUAGCCGUAUUCGAUCCUGGCAUGAACGGGUAUCUGGAUGAUGAAAGCAUUUGGACAGUCACAUACCCCGAUGACCAGACCACUAGCAGGAAGGUGGUGCUACGCGUAUGGGACCUCCACGAUUAUUCUGAUAUCUCAAUGCCAACUAUCGACAACAGCACUUGGACCGGUUCGAAUCUUUGUGACGAUGGUAUGGAUGGUACCAUCGCACUAUGGGACUGCGAAAGCGGGCAAGCUUACAGCCUCUCAGUGGGACACGCGGUGACCCUAGAAUGGCGAUGGCCCGCCGGGAGGUGAAACGUCUCACCAAUACACCAUGCAGAUCUUUUCUAUCUAUGUGAAUUUUCCAGUACGGUGGACAUUGUUUACAGAUCGAUGGAUUCGGUUCGUCACUAUAUUCUGCCUUGAUGUGUUUGUGUAUUUUCUUGACCCGACUUUUCAAUGUCUCCUCUUGGAACACUGGUAGAACUCUCUACCGUCCUCAUUUGGGGUCCAUAUUAUUUAGCUGACAUAGCUAGAUAACAACUCUACCCGUAGAAUGAUGGAGGAAAACCCAAAAACUCACACUGCUCUUUCUCUUUGAAAUUAGUCAUGAAGCUUGGCCACUGUAGCUGUCUCAACGGCUUCGAAUUUACAUUGAAUUCCGUCACCGGAUUCCAUCGGCUCUGUCUCGCCAACUGCGCUGCUGACUCGCGGAAGCCUUUCGCAAUGAGAAACGCAAGGUCGGGAUUAGGGUUGAACGUGCGCGAGAAGGACGUCCAGAUAUCCACCAUCUGUUGCAUGAAGGGUAGGUCGAUAUCAUCGCGGUAUGGUCGGUCGGUCGUGCUGGGUAGAUUGCCGAAGACGUAGAACAACUCGCCGGAAUGACACCUGACGAAAGAUUCAGUCAGUCAUGACAUGACAUAUAAAGUUGAUACUGAGCAUUGAACGCACUUGUAGUAUUCCUUAGUCGUAUCGCCAAGUGGAUGGGUAUCAUCUAUCGGUGCUUCACAAUUAGGGAAGUUUGGGUCAAACCCAGGUGUCUGAUAACUCCUGUUGAACUCGUAAAACCAAAUGCUCUUGAACAAGUUAUGUUUCACGCC